GUAAUUAAAUCAUUACGUGCAUAAUUUUACGUUAUGCCAAUAUCAAUUUUUUAUAUACCCAUUGCAAAACAUUCAUACACAGGCAUUAACAUAUUAUUCAAUAGCUUACUUCUAAAUACGGAUUAAAAAACGCAUUUGGGAUACUUCCUAUUAAAGAAUCUGCCGUGACUCAUGAAGACAAAGCAACUUUACCAGUGGGCUCUGCCAGCCUCCACCCUUCGCCAGACUUCUCCCCACCUUAAACACAGACCCAAGCCCCUACAAUUCACGAGAAACACUCUGAAAUCACAGAUCUAACCUCUCCCAUAAAAAAGGCCAAUAUAACUAACAAAAAAACAAAUAAUCCAAUCUAAUUAUUGCCAGUUUUGCCACCGGGUUUGCCACCGAUUCUUGGUAUUUUCUUAUCUACAGGACUGAAAACUAUCUUUUAAAAACCUCCCCACCUCCACUUCUCUUACUCUUUCCGUCUACCCCAACGAACUACCAUGGCAUCAUAUUCCGCAUCCCUGACCAAGUCGUAUCUCCAGGCAAUGCAGCCGAUGCUAGAGCUGCUCAAUGAGUUGGCCCUUGCCACCAACCCCAAGCUCCCCACGAUCGACACCGAACCGCCAGCAGAACUCGACCUCGACCUGUUGCUCAGCCGUUUCGGUAGCAUCACCACAGACUUCGAGACAUCUGGAUCCGAUAGUGAGGAUCUGCUUGCGGAGCUCACAGCGAAAUUGGACUCCAUUGCCAAGGGAGCGCUUCUCGACUCCAUCGUGGCUACGCUUUCCAGCUCGCAGGACGAUCUUCAGUCGUCGUUGUUCGACCUUCUCGGGUUUGAUGAGUUUGACCUUAUUUCGUGGAUUGUGCAAAACAAGCAGGGGAUUUUGGAAGCACGCAGGGAUUUGAACAUUGAUGCGCGCGAGGAUCUGGACUUGCGCACACCCCAGCUUAUGACCCCCCAGCAACGCGACGACCAGCUUCGAGAAAAUCACUUACGCACUAAAAACCAGACACUUCUCCCCCGCAGUACCAACCAGGAAUAUCCCCACGUGUUCAGAGCCUAUGACGCUGGCAACACCCUCUCCGUUACGGGGAAAAAGUUUGCCCUCCCGAUCGGCACCACGCGCCAGUCGCUCGAGACCCACGAAGAGAUCAUCAUUCCGUACCCCGAUAAACGCCCGCCAAUCAUCAACGAACGACUUGUACCGGUGGCGGAACUCGACUUCCUCUGCCAGGGCACCUUCAAGGGCUACGACACGCUCAACCGCAUGCAGUCGUUAGUGUAUCCCGUCGCGUACAAUACCAACGAAAACAUGUUGGUGUGCGCGCCGACGGGUGCGGGUAAAACCGAUGUGGCGAUGCUCACGGUGCUCCACACAAUCAACCAGUUCGUGACAGAGACACAGACGUCCGAAGGCAUCCAGGUGGACAUUGACUACGACGAGUUCAAGAUCGUGUACGUGGCGCCGCUCAAGGCGCUCGCGGCAGAGAUUGUCGAAAAAAUGGGCUCGCGGCUCGCAUGGCUCGGGAUCCAGGUGCGUGAGUUGACGGGGGACAUGCAGUUGACCAAGGCCGAGAUCAUGAAGACGCAGAUGAUCGUGACGACGCCCGAGAAGUGGGACGUGGUGACACGCAAGGCCAACGGUGAUAACGACCUCGUGAGCAAGGUAAAGCUUCUCAUCAUUGACGAGGUGCAUUUGUUGCACGAGGAGAGAGGGUCGGUGAUCGAGACAUUGGUCGCGCGUACGCUCCGUCAGGUGGAGUCGUCGCAGUCGAUGAUCCGGAUCGUCGGGCUCUCGGCCACCUUGCCCAACUUUAUGGACGUGGCGGACUUCCUCGGGGUCAACCGCCACAUGGGGAUGUUCUACUUCGACCAGUCCUUCCGGCCGUGCCCGUUGCAGCAGCAGCUCCUCGGGGUGCGUGGUAAGGCUGGUAGCAUGCAGUCGCGCGAACUUAUCGACAAGGUCGCGUAUAACAAGUUAGUAGAAAAGUUGGACGACGGUAAGCAGGUGAUGGUGUUUGUGCAUUCGCGCAAAGACACGGCCAAGACCGCGCGCACGUUCAUCAGCAUGGCACAAGAGCACCACGACAGCGAGCUCUUUGACUGUUCGCUUUCAGAAUCGCACGACCGCUUCGCACGCGAGAUGGCGAAGAACAAGAACAAGGACUCGCGCGAGCUCUUCGCGCACGGCUUCGGUGUCCACCACGCUGGGAUGCUCCGUAGUGAUAGAAAUCUCACCGAAAAAAUGUUCCUCAACGGUGCCAUCAAGGUGCUUGUAUGCACGGCAACGCUUGCAUGGGGUGUAAACCUUCCCGCAGCUGUGGUCAUCAUCAAGGGCACUCAGGUGUACGACCCCAAACGUGGUGGCUUUGUUGACCUCGGCAUCUCCGACGUGAUCCAGAUCUUCGGGCGUGCGGGGAGACCACAGUUUGAAAAGUUCGGUACAGGCAUUCUCUGCACCUCCAGCGAUCGUCUCGACCACUACUUGUCGCUUAUUACGCAACAACACCCGAUCGAAUCACGACUCCUGGAGAAGCUUGUGGACAACUUGAACGCGGAGAUCUCGCUCGGAACGGUAACUAAUGUCGACGAGGGUGUUCAGUGGCUUGGCUACACAUACAUGCACGUGCGGAUGCGCCAGAACCCGUUCGCGUACGGUAUCGACUGGGAGGAGUUGAGCCAGGACCCACAGUUGGGUAACCGCCGCCGGCUGAUGAUUGUUGCGGCCGCCAGACGCCUCCACACGCUUCAGAUGAUUGUGUUUGACGAGCGGUCCAACGCGUUCAUUGCGAAGGAUCUCGGACGCGUGGCAUCCGACUUCUACUUGCUCAACAACUCGAUCGAGAUCUUCAACCAGAUGAUGAAUGCGCGCGCAACCGAGGCGGAUGUGCUCUCCAUGAUCAGUAUGAGCAGCGAGUUCGAUAACGUCAAGUUCCGUGAGGAGGAGGCGGUGGAGUUGAAGAAGUUGACAGAGCUGGCACCGUGCCAGAUUGGUGGUGACCCCGGCAGUGCGCAGGCCAAGACCAACGUGUUACUCCAGGCGUACGUGUCGCACGCACAUGUGCGUGACUCCGCGUUGGUCUCGGACACCAAUUACGUUGCGCAGAACGCUGCUCGUCUCUGUCGUGCGCUCUUCUUGAUCGGGGUUAACCGUAAGUGGGGGACCUUCUCCAAGAUCAUGUUAUCGAUUUGCAAGUCCAUCGACAAGCGGAUCUGGUCGUUUGACCACCCGAUGAAGCAGUUCGACCUUCCGGCCGACAUCAUACGUAAUUUGGCCCACAAGAACCCGUCCAUGGAGCUCCUACGCGAUAUGGAGGCGCGCGAGUUGGGCGACUUGAUCCACAACCAGCGCAUGGGUACGGUACUCUACAAGUUGAUUUCGCGGUUCCCGACGUUACUCCUCGAUGCGGAAAUCUUUCCAAUCACCAGCAGCGUGAUGCGUGUGCACGUGAACUUGGAGGCCGACUUUGUGUGGGACGACCGCUACCACGGUGGGGCCCAGGUGUUCUGGAUCAUGGUAGAGGAGUCCGAUCAGUCGCAGAUUCUCCACUUUGAAAAGUUUAUCUUGGGAAAGAAGCAGCUCAGUCACCCGCACGAGUUGGACUUCAUGAUCCCGCUAAGCGACCCGUUGCCACCGCAAGUAGUCAUCCGCGCCAUCUCCGACAACUGGAUCGGCGCCGAGACGUCGCACGCCAUCUCGUUCCAGCACCUUAUCAAACCGCACAACGAAACGCUCCAGACCAAGUUGCUCCGCCUCCAGCCACUCCCCGUGACCGCGUUGCACAACAAGGAGAUUGAGAAGAUCUACCUGGCCCGCUUCAGCUACUUCAACCCGAUGCAGACGAUGACGUUCCACAGCUUGUUCAACACGAACCUGAGCGUGUUUGUGGGGUCGCCGACGGGGUCCGGGAAGACUGUUGUGGCCGAGCUCGCGAUCUGGCACGCGUUCCGUGACUUCCCUGGCACCAAGGUUGUGUAUAUCGCGCCGAUGAAAGCGUUGGUGCGUGAGAGAGUUGAUGACUGGCGUGCGCGCAUUUGUGCAAACACGCCUUACAAGUUGGUGGAAAUGACGGGUGACUCGUUGCCCGAGGCGCGUGAUGUCCGCCUCGCGGACAUCAUCAUCACCACGCCUGAGAAGUUUGACGGUAUCUCGCGUAACUGGCAGACGCGUAAGUUUGUUACUGAGGUUUCAUUGGUCAUUAUGGACGAGAUCCAUUUACUUGCGUCGGACCGUGGCCCGAUCUUGGAGAUGAUUGUAUCGCGGAUGAACUACAUCUCGUCACAGACCAAGAACCCGAUCCGGCUUCUCGGGAUGUCCACCGCUGUGUCCAACGCCUACGACAUGGCCGGCUGGUUAGGGGUCAAGGAGGGCUUGUUCAACUUCCCGCAGUCCGUGCGUCCGGUGCCGUUGCAGAUGUAUAUCGACGGCUUCCCGGACAACCUCGCGUUUUGUCCGUUGAUGAAGACCAUGAACAAGCCCGCGUUUAUGGCGAUCAAGGCGCACUCGCCAACAAAGCCCGUGUUGAUCUUUGUGGCGUCGCGCCGUCAGACCCGGCUUACUGCGUUGGACUUGAUCCACCUCUGUGGGGCAGAGGACAACCCGCGGCGGUUUAUGCGUAUGAACGAGGACGAGCUUGCGGAUAUCCUCCAGGAUGUCAAGGAUGACACGCUCCGCCUCUCGUUGCAGUUUGGGAUCGGGCUCCACCACGCUGGUUUGGUGGAGUCUGACCGUCAGAUCUCGCACAAGUUGUUCGAGACGUCCAAGAUACAAAUCUUGGUAGCAACCUCGACGCUUGCGUGGGGUGUGAACCUCCCUGCCCACCUCGUGAUUAUCAAGGGGACGCAGUUCUUCGACGCAAAGAUCGAAGGGUACCGCGAUAUGGACUUGACGGACAUUCUCCAGAUGAUGGGGCGUGCCGGGCGGCCGGCGUUCGAUACCAGCGGGAUCGCUAUUGUGUACACGAAGGAGUCAAAGAAGACGUUUUACAAGCACUUCUUGAACGUGGGAUUCCCUGUCGAAUCUUCGCUCCAUAAGGUAAUGGACAACCAUAUCGGGGCAGAGAUCUCCGCGGGGACGAUUAAAACGCGCCAGGACGCGUUGGACUUCCUCACGUGGACGUUUCUCUACCGCCGCGCGCACAACAAUCCGACGUACUACGGGAUUGAGGACAGUACGCCGUUCGGUGUUGGUCGGUGGUUGGCUAGCCUCAUCGACGAUACCAUUACCAACUUGGAGGAGUCCAAGUGCGUAGUCACCACUGGCUCCAACGUCAUCAAGCCAACACCGUUCCUCCACAUCUCAUCCUUCUACUACUUGUCGCACAUGACUCUCCGCAACCUCGUGAACCGUAUCACGCCGAAUGCCACGUUCCGCGAGGCGUUGCGUUGGAUGUGUGAGGCCGCGGAGUACGACGAGUUGCCGACCCGCCACGGCGAGGAGUUAAUCAACAUGGAGAUGUCGCAGGAGAUGCGCUACCCGGCCGAGGAUCUCGAUUGCGAGUUCGUCUGGGACCCGCACGUGAAGUCGUUCUUGUUGCUUCAGGCGUUCAUGAGCCGCGUAGACUUGCCUAUUGCGGAUUAUUCUCAGGACACAGUGUCGCUCUUGGACCAAUCGCUUCGUAUCCUCCAAGCGUACGUCGAUGCGGCUGCCGAGUUGGGCUACCUCGCAACGGUGUUGGUGUUUGUGAAGAUGAUGCAGUGUGUCAAACAGGGAUGUUGGUACGACGAUGAUCCGUUGUACAAUCUCCCGGGGUUGACAUCCCGUCCGAAGAGUACCACGUCUGUGUCGCUAGCGGCUGUGGGCGCGAUGAAUGCGGGCGCGGUGACCAAGCUUGCGGACAGACUCGGAGUCGCGCGUGAGAAGCGCCGCGCAUUCGCGGACGUUGCUGGAAAGUUGCCCACCGGAAAGCUCGAGGUGUUCCAGAAGGAUGCCGCCACGCUCAGCAUUAAAAUGCCGCACGACAACCCACCGAUGAGCAAGGAGUUUAAGGUGUACUGCCCACGCUUCCCGAAGGCACAGCGCGAGUCGUGGUUUGUGAUUGUUGCCGAUGAGGAGCAUAACGAGUUGUAUUUGAUCAAGCGGGCGUCUCCGCGGAUGAUCAAGGGGAAGGGUAUCGUUGCGUGUACCUUGGAUAUUCCGCUGGAGAUGUGCGGAGCCACAUUGAAGGUGAUUGUGAUUAAUGACGCGGUGGAUAUUUGUUAUGAGCAGGAACAUACAUUCGUGGAGGUAAGCGAAAGCAAUUCAAGUGACUUGUCGUAACUGCCAGAGAGAAAAAUAAGUCUUACGCUGUGAAUGUGAGUAUUAUAGGCUGUUUGGAUUUAAUCAACUUCUAUAGAUGCUGUGUAUUACAGGGAUUUAUUGUUUUCGCUUGACUCCACGGGGGGGCUUGGAGGUGUCUGAGAUAGGAAAGGCACUACUAAUAUUCAAAAGCGAGUGGGAGGCUGUCUAUCUAUCAUGGGAUUCACGUGUGUAAAUCUUCCCCUUUGUACCCCCAAUCGGUUUAUGGUUUUCACUAUUGAGGGCAAUACACGGUAGCUUUAACCCAGUUAUAAAAGAAGCGAGAGUUAUUUAAAACUAGUCCAUGCCUCUUGCUA